AAGGGAAUGUGUGUAAUGAAAAUCUCUAUUCUUUCUCUUUCCCUCUUUUUAUAUGUUCUCUUCUUCUUUUCGCUCUUGCAUGUACUGUACCAUUUUUUUUUAUCCUUUGGUGUUUUUGAAGCUCAACUCUACUUGGGUAUUAAUUGGGUUUUUUUGAAAUUAAAAUAUUGGAAAAAGGGGAUAGUGUUUAUUGAUCUACUCUUUACGCUUUAUUCCUCUUUGGGAGAAAAGUGAAAAUCUCUAUUGUUUACCCUUAUUGAUUCUGUUAUCGUUACUCCAUUCUUAUAGUUGGUGAAUAAUUAAUUUCAUUAACUAUUAUUUUGAUUGUUAAAAGUUAAUUGAAAAUGGUGAAAUUUAUUGGAUAGACAGGAGAAUUGGAUACUGGGUAUUGAAUUGUUUAUAAAGAAAGAUAUUAGGGAUCCAAAAAUAGGGGGGAGUGAUUGUGAUAAUUUUGCUGUGGUGGAGUGCUUAUUGAAUAUUUUGGUUUGGAUGGGCUCCUGCUUUUCAUUUGAAAGCAGGAGCCCAGUCCCUGGACCUUCAGUAUCUGCAACUAAAAGGAAGAGCUCAAGAAAGUGGUCAACGGAGGAACAGCUGCAGGGGAUUCCUGGGCGUAUGUUGUUGAAUGGAUCGAGCGAGGUGGCUUCACUCUUCACUCAGCAGGGAAAGAAAGGACCUAAUCAAGAUGCCAUGAUUGUUUGGGAGAAUUUUGGUUCCAGAAUGGAUACAGUUUUCUGUGGUGUUUUCGAUGGCCAUGGUCCUCAUGGUCAUUUUGUUGCGAAGAGAGUCAGAGAUUCUCUUCCUUUAAAGCUAAGUGCACACUGGGAAAUUAAUAUUAAAAAUGAUGAUGAUGUUGUAAGAGAGACUAGUGCAAAUACCCUAUACUCUGCGGAUGCUUCCCUUAUAUCUGUUGAUGAGGAGUCGAGGGUUUCAAUUGAUGUUGACAAGACUGAAAAGCAACCAGAGGUCCUUCAGACAUUGAAGGACUCAUUUCUAAAGGCUUAUAAGUUCAUGGAUAGAGAACUGAGAGGAUAUAACCGUAUCAAUUGCUUCUGUAGCGGAACAACAGCAGUUACCCUUGUUAAGCAGGGUCAGGAUCUUGUAAUUGGAAAUGUUGGGGAUUCUAGAGCUGUACUUGCUACGAGAGAUAAAGAUGAUUCUUUGAUGGCUGUACAAUUGACAGUAGAUCUUAAACCUAACCUACCAGUGGAGGCAGAGAGGAUUCGCAAAUGUAAAGGGCGUGUAUUUGCUCUUCGCAAUGAACCAGAGGUUGCAAGAGUGUGGUUGCCGAACAGUGACUCACCUGGACUAGCCAUGGCACGUGCAUUUGGAGAUUUUUGCCUCAAGGAUUUUGGCCUCAUAGCUGUGCCUGAAAUUUCAUAUAGGUGUUUAACAGAGAAAGAUCAGUUCAUUGUUCUGGCAACGGAUGGGAUUUGGGAUGUGCUUUCAAAUGACCAAGUGGUAAACAUUGUGGCUUCAGCUUCACCACGUUCAUUUGCAGCUCGAUCACUGGUUGAAGUAGCUGUACGAGCCUGGAGAACUGAAUACCCAACCUCUAAAGUUGAUGAUUGUGCUGUUGUCUGCCUCUUCCUUGAUUCGAACUCAAUUGACUCGACCUCUAAAGACGAUGGACAAGACUGUCUUUGAUGAACUGAGCGAAGUUACGGACAAUAGGAAUGUUCCUCUGGUCUAACUGUACUGGAUCAUUCUGGGAUUGUUCGAGAAGGCAAAAAAGUUUUUGAAGAAGAAAAAGAAGAAGCCUCAGACCGCAAGGUGCAUUGCCAACGUUUGUUCCGACAAUGAAGAAAAGAGAGCUGCUGGAGGAAGCAAAGAGGGUGAAAUCUCCUUGCAACUCUGAAUUUAUUUGUUUAAAUGAUUUUUCAUUUUCUUUUGCCUUUUUUCUAUGGCUUCAUUUCUUUACUGUAAAAAAAAAAAAGGAGAAAUAUUAGAUAUUUUUUCGGACCGGAGAGGUGGGCCCGGCUAUAUUAGUGUGUCUGGGAGUCAUCCUUUUCUCUAGCUUAGGUAGAUUGGAAUUUUGUAUAAUUCCUAGUUGUAGUCUUCUUCAUUCUUGGCUUUCUAUCUUCUCUUUUUCUUUUCAUAUCUCAGUUUUUUGUUAUGUGGUCAGAUCUUAGAUGUUUGGAUUCUUCUAACUACCAAAUGGUAUUAAGUACUUUAUUAGGGAGCUCGUGGCACCGGGCUUGCCUAGUGUGGUUUA